CGUAUAAAGUGCCCAUUGCGGCUUCCGUCGCGUGACGUCAGCAGAACAACAACCUGUCAUGAUUGCUCACGAGAGAGAAAUUUAAUCCAGAAACAUUGUAAAACCAAUAUUUAUUUUUAAAAAACAGUUUGAAUGUGAGCCGUCUCUCGGUAGUGUUGGAGAUCCAGGCGGGGACAGGGCCUUUUUGAGCCUGUCGGUUGAGCCAGCCGAAGAGACGGGGAACAGGAUUGGGAAGCAGGGCGAGGCGGGCCCCGCGGAGCCGGUGGAGAAGAUGGCCGGCAGCCCGGAGAAGAGUUCCACCGCGCAGGAGCUAAAGGAGCAGGGGAACCGCUUGUUCCUCUGCCGCAAGUAUCAAGAGGCUGCGACAUGCUACAGCAAGGCCAUUAACCGUAACCCCUCCGUGGCAGUGUACUACACUAACCGAGCCCUUUGCCACGUGAAGCUGCAGCAGCAUGACAAGGCUCUAGCCGACUGUAAGCACGCUCUGGAGCUGGAUACCCAGUCGGUCAAGGCCCACUUUUUCCUGGGCCAGUGUCACCUGGAGCUGGAGAACUACGACGAAGCCAUCGGGAACCUGCAGAAAGCAUACAAUCUGGCAAAGGAACAGAGGUUGAAUUUUGGUGACGACAUCCCCGGCGCCUUGCGCAUCGCCAAGAAGAAGCGUUGGAACAGCAUCGAGGAGAAGCGCAUCAACCAGGAGAACGCGCUUCACGCCUACUUGAGCAAACUCAUACUAGCAGAGAAGGAGCGACAACUUGAAGACUACAAAGAAAAGCAGGAUGACGAUCACAUUGGUGGCGAUGUGGCCAAGAUUGCAUCCAAACAUGACAAGUACUUAAUGGACAUGGAUGAGUUGUUCUCGCAGGUGGAUGAAAAGAGAAAAAAACGGGAGAUUCCCGACUAUCUGUGCGGAAAGAUCAGUUUUGAGCUAAUGAGGGAGCCGUGCAUCACACCGAGUGGGAUCACCUAUGACCGCAAAGACAUUGAAGAGCACCUCCAGCGAGUGGGCCAUUUCGACCCGGUCACUCGAAGCCCCUUGACCCAGGACCAGCUGAUCCCCAACCUGGCCAUGAAGGAAGUCAUCGAUGCCUUUGUCCAGGAGAACGGAUGGGUGGAGGACUACUAGAUGGAUCCCCUCUCCCUUUUUUUGUCCAUCUGGAGUUUAUGCGAGACUGUAGAGAUGUGGCGCCUUGCCUGGAUGUGAACUGUCACAAUUUGGCACCGGGAAGCCGACGCGGACCUCGUAGCCCGUCCCGUUCUCUAUGCGUCCCAAAUGUGUGAGGCUGUGUUUGUGGCCUGCUACUCCCUUUAACGUUGUCUACUUCAGUUUACUUUUUCGCUCCCCAAUGUAUGGUCGCUCUCAGGUCUCUUCCCUCUACUUUUAUCCAUUUUUAUCUCCAGUGCCACAAUCACCGAAUGCUGAAUGCUCCCGUGACUGUCAAAAGAAAACAAAUCAGAAUUAUUCAUUAUUAACACUUUGACCUGAAAUGGUAACUAUGCCAAAAAAAAAAAAAAAAAUCGUUUUAUGUGACCACUUUGUAUGCAAGUUUACACAAUGUCAUUGGGGAGCGGUGGUUAAAAAAAAAAAGAUAUUCCAAGUUAAACUGUGUUUAUCAGUUGUCAGCUCCACCUGUAGGUGGCGCCACAAUCCCUCACCCCAAGCUGUGUGCGUUGACAUUUUUAGUGAGUUCUUGUCGCAUCAUGCAUGUGAGCAUUUAUUCCAUAUCCAGCUUAGGAACUGUGUACUAGUAUCCUCUUUGUCCUCUUUGAGUAGGACUUCUUUGGUGUACCAGAACACGUUACUAGUGAGGUGAAUUUCACACGAAUUGCACGCUCCAAGAUCUUGACGAGAAUAAUUUGUUAUAUCUCUCUUUUCACCUCAUGCACAUUUUUGCCUCACCAGUAACAUGUAAUUGUCCCAUUCGUAUACUGAAGUUGUACUCACUGAAUUUUUAUUAAUUAAAGCAAAGAGUGUAGUAGUACAUGGACCAUAAGAUGGAUAUUAAGGCUUGCUAGCCACUUAAGUGAAGACAAUUGAGAUGAAUGUAUGCAUUCUGUGUUUAGCGCUAAAAAUCUCUUUCAACAGGACACUUUUUGAAAUCAGAGCAGCAUUGCUGCAUAUUCCUUGAUGUCAGCUGAGGUUGACGCAUACACGAGCUUUAAACGGCAACGUUUGUCACUUGCGCCGUGAAAUCUCCCCCAAAGUGACUGCUCUCUUUACUACAAACACAAAAAAGCAUUUGGUUUGUCGGACCCCGCUCGUCAUUGCUGUUAAUUUGAAGCGUCUCCUUGACGGCUCGCAAAAACAAUCACCAGUUGGGAGCGAAUCCAUAAGCCUAAAACGUCCGUGUCAUCCUCCAAUUUGUUAAAAAUGCUGGAAGCGCAUCGUCUGUCACGCAUACUUCCGUUUUCCCGGAGGUUCUGUAACAGUUCUUUGAGUUGACGGAACUUCUAGCCCGGUGGCUCUCAGAAGGUGUAAAGAAUUAGCUUGUCUUAGUUUUUGAAGAAAGAUGGUUCUUUGAUUCUCUUGACGUAUUUCAGCUUAAAAGUGUAUUAAAUGUAGAUAUGUUGAUAA